AUGUCAUAUAUGCUUCCGGAGCCGGCCAUCCCGGUCCAGUUCGCCCGGAGCAUUGGAGGAAACAAUGCCUUUCAUAACUUUGUUGAGGACUUUUCACAUAUCCAAGAUCCAAAUCUGAGGAGGAGGCUUGCGUUGUCUGAAAUUGACAAGGUUCCCUUUGGCAUGUACCACAUUCGCGCCGUGGUUGUAGCUGGUAUCGGUUUCUUCCUCGACAGCUACGAUAUUUUCAGUAUCAACCUCAUCACCACACUUCUCGGCGUCGUCUUCUGGAGUGGAACUAGUGAAGAUGCCAAGUACGGGUUCGGCGGAAAUCACGGACAACUGCCGACUCCGGUAUCCCAGGCUUUGAAGGCGUCGACCAGCGCAGGCAUCGUCAUUGGGCAGGUCGUAUUCGGCUGGCUUGCCGACGUCUUCGGCAGGCGGAAGAUGUAUGGUAUCGAGUUGGGUAUCAUUGUGUUGUCCACGCUCAACUGCGCGCUGGCAAGUCCAAGUCAGUCGAUGAGCUCGACGGGUCUCCUGACCUUCUGGAGAGUGAUGAUGGGGAUUGGAAUUGGAGGCGACUACCCGCUAUCAUCAGUCAUUACCUCAGAAUUCGCUCCCACACGAUGGCGUGGUGCCAUGAUGGCUGCUGUCUUCUCCAUGCAAGGAAUAGGACAGCUUACGGCCGCCAUCACCGCCUUGGUCGUCACCGUCGCUUUCAGAGAUGCCUUUAUCAACAUCCCAAACAUCAAUAGCUGCGACUACGACUGCCAGAUUGCAGCGGACCGAUCAUGGCGGAUCAUUGUCGGCAUCGGAGCUCUACCAGCCUGUAUCGCUCUCUACUACCGCAUUACCAUCCCAGAAACACCGAGAUACACCCUGGAUAUCGCCCAUGAUGUUGAGAAGGCCGACGCAGACAUCAAGGCUUAUAUGGAAAGCAGAUCAGAGGGCGAGGUCGACCCUAUUCAGCAGGCUCGGAUGAAGAAACUCGCCGCUCCCUCGUUGAUGACACCUCUGGCAUCGUGGCCCGAUGUCAUCUCCUACUUCAGGAAAUGGAAGAACAUGAAGAUGCUCAUCGGUACCACCAUAUCCUGGUUCUUCCUGGACCUGGCCUUCUACGGCCUCGGCCUCAACAACUCGAUCGUCCUCCAGGCCAUCGGCUACGCCCACGGCACGACCCUCUACCACCUCCUCUACAACAACGCCGUGGGCAUGAUCAUCCUCGCCUGCGCCGGCAGCCUUCCCGGCUACUGGACCGCCAUCUUCACCAUCGACACCUUCGGCCGCAAGGCCCUGCAGAUCUUCGGCUUCAUCGUCCUGACCGUGCUCUUCUGCAUCCUGGGCUUCGCCUACCACCGCCUCAGCGAGGCCGCCAUGCUCACGCUCUACGUCAUCGCCCAGUUCUUCUUCAACUGGGGGCCCAACACGACCACCUUCAUCAUCCCGGGCGAGUGCUACCCGACGCGGUACCGCUCGACGGGCCACGGCCUGUCGGCCGCCAUGGGCAAGGUCGGCGCCAUCAUCGCGCAGGUCAUCAGCAUCCCGCUGCUCAACAAGGACUCGCCGCCGGACUGCAAGGGGUCGCAGUGCAGCCCCUGGCUCGACCGCCUCAUGCAGAUCUUCGCCCUCUUCAUGCUCUGCGGCACCUUCGUCUCCCUGCUGCUGCCCGAGACCAAGGGCGUCACGCUCGAGGAGCUCGCCGGCGAGGCCCCGACCUCGUACAACUCGGGCCGCAACGGCAGCAUCAAGAAGGGCCCCACCAAGUGGUCGCGCUGGAACCCCUUCGGCGGCGGGCAGCCCGCGGGCUUCAACUACCCGCGCGUCGGCGCGUACAAGGGCGCCUGGAUGGCCUACAGCCCGCGCGUGGGCAUCAUGACGAGCCCCGAGCUCGCGGCGCAGAACGCGGGCAAGAAGGCCAGGAAGGGCAGCAGCGGGCUGAUGAGCAGCCACAGCAAUAGCAAUAACAAUAACAAGAAGAAGCGCAAUAGCAGCGGCGCCGGCAACCAGAAUGGCAGCAGCAGCGGCGGGAGCAGGAGGGACAAGACGCUGAGCGGGGAGAGCAGCUGCUACGCCGACAGCACCUCGUCGACGGCGCCGGUCGACGACCACGACGCGGCCAUUGCGACGCCGGCUUCGGUGCUGCCCGGUUGGGGAGCGGGUUGGGGGAGGAUCGACCGCGGAGGGAACAAUCCCAAUAUGAACAACAUCCGGCUACAGGAUGUCGGAAGCUUGUUGAAGUGA